AAACUUGCCACCUUCUUCAUUAUUUCCCUCUCAUCAACCUCUUCUCUCUUCUACAAAAACACCCAAAAUCAUUAAAAAACCAGAACACGCAAAACAGAGGAUCAGAAAAACUAAUUAAAAACUACAAAAUGUGUGGAAUUUUCGCAUAUUUAAACGUUAAUGUCAACCGAGAACGAAGAUACAUCCUUCAAGUUCUCUUCAACGGACUCCGCCGUCUCGAAUACCGCGGUUACGAUUCCGCCGGAAUUUCCAUCGACAAUUCCGAUCCAACUCCCCUUCCGUCAAUGUCACUUCCUCCGCUCGUCUUCCGUCAGGAAGGCAACAUUGAAUCCCUCGUCAAAUCUGUUUACCAAGAUGUUGCUGAUAUUGAUUUAAAUUUGGAGGAGUCUUUUUAUGUUCAUGCUGGAAUAGCGCAUACUCGUUGGGCUACUCACGGAGAGCCGGCUCCACGAAAUAGUCAUCCGCAAUCAUCCGGUCCUGGAAACGACUUCUUGGUUGUUCAUAACGGGGUUAUAACUAAUUAUGAGGUGCUAAAGGAAACACUAGUUCGUCAUGGAUUUACCUUUGAAUCUGAAACUGACACGGAAGUGAUUCCAAAGCUUGCUAAGUAUGUAUUUGAUAAAGCAAAUGAAGGUGAAGGUGCUCAGCCUGUUACAUUUAGUCAAGUCGUGCUUGAAGUCAUGCGGCAUCUGGAAGGAGCCUAUGCACUUAUAUUUAAAAGUAGACAUUAUCCAAAUGAAUUAAUUGCAUGCAAACGUGGAAGUCCUUUGCUCUUGGGGGUGAAAGAAUUAAACGAAGAUAUCAACAGUGGAUCAACAUUCCAUGAUGCUAAAUCACUCUCAAAGAAUGGCCAUUCCAAAGAGCUUUUUCUUUCCAGUGAUGCUAAUGCCAUUGUUGAGCACACGAAAAGGGUCUUAAUGAUUGAGGAUGGUGAAGUGGUUCAUCUCAAGGAUGGAGGCGUUUCUAUCUUAAAGUUUGAAAAUGACAAGGGAAGGCAUGGUGGAUCCCUUUCUAGACCUGCAUCCGUCCAGCGUGCACUAUCGGUUCUUGAGAUGGAAGUAGAACAAAUAAAUAAGGGAAAUUAUGAGCAUUAUAUGCAGAAGGAAAUUCAUGAACAACCAGAAUCUCUAACUACCACCAUGAGGGGAAGGCUUAUACGUGGAGGUUCCUGCAAAGCUAAGACUGUCCUUUUGGGUGGACUCAAGGAUCACCUUAAAACAAUUAGGCGCAGUCGUAGAAUUGUUUUUGUCGGCUGUGGUACAAGUUAUAAUGCUGCUCUAGCUGCAAGGCCCAUCGUUGAAGAACUUUCUGGUGUCCCAGUUACUAUGGAAAUUGCAAGUGAUUUAGUAGACAGGCAAGGUCCUAUAUACAGAGAAGAUACUGCUGUUUUUGUUAGCCAGUCCGGUGAAACUGCAGAUACGUUACAUGCUUUGGAAUAUGCUUUAGAAAACGGUGCCUUGUGUGUAGGCAUAACGAACACUGUUGGCAGUGCAAUUGCCAGGAAUACACACUGUGGGAUUCAUAUAAAUGCUGGGGCUGAAAUAGGUGUGGCAAGUACAAAGGCCUACACAAGUCAAAUAGUAGUGAUGGCCAUGUUAGCCCUAGCAAUUGGGGAUGAUUCUAUAUCUAGCCAAGCAAAAAGAGAGGCUAUAAUAGAGGGUCUAUUUGACUUGCCAAACAAAAUCAGAGAGGUGUUGAAGCUUGACCAGGAACUGAAAGUUCUUGCAGAAUUAUUAAUGACCGAACAGUCACUUCUCGUGUUUGGAAGAGGGUACAACUAUGCAACAGCUUUGGAGGGUGCUCUGAAAGUUAAGGAAGUUUCACUUAUGCACAGCGAAGGAAUGCUUGCUGGUGAAAUGAAACAUGGUCCUUUGGCAUUGGUUGAUGAAAACCUCCCAAUUAUAGUCAUUGCGACACGUGAUUCUUGCUUCAGCAAACAGCAGUCGGUCAUUCAGCAACUUCAUGCUCGUAAAGGUCGCCUAAUCGUGAUGUGUUCCAAAGGGGAUGCUGCAUCUGUAUGUCCUGGGGAAUUCUGCAGAGUAAUUGAAGUCCCACAAGUUGAAGAUUGUCUUCAACCUGUAGUUAAUAUAGUUCCUUUGCAGUUGCUGGCAUACCAUCUAACUGUUCUGAGAGGUUACAAUGUGGAUCAACCUCGUAAUCUUGCGAAAAGCGUCACAACCCAGUAGGGAAUAUCAAAAUUAAAAAUUUCACACUACUAUGGCUCUAACCCUAGCAAGCUCUUGCUCCUUUGUUGCUAAUUCGGUUGCACACCUUCAUCCAGUGUUUCUUUUUACUACUGUUGUUAUUUACACCGGCCGAGUUCGUCUUUGUCGCGGUCAGUAUCGUCUCGAGGAUGUACAUUUUGUGCAGUGUAGAUAGAUAUAGGAGCUUCUCACCUACUGUCUUAACAUCCUGAUUAUUAGCUGUUGUAUUUAUGAAUCUUUGUAAUCUUUACCAAUUUAAAAUGCCUGAAUCCUUUUGUAAGAGUAACAGGUUUCUAUUUUUUUUUAUGAGAAAAGUAACAGGUUUAUAUGUUGAGAA